AUGAUUCUAGUCGAUCCUCUUGAAGCGUUUCAGCUGGACCAUGGUACGCCAAUCGAUUCUCCUGCCUUGGAUAUACUUACUUCUCAGCCUGGUAUGCAUCGGGGCCAGCAAUUAGGGCGCUUAAGCUUUAAUUUGUCUCGAUCUUCCAUUCAAACGCCUGAAAUGAACCAGCGUUUUUUGUCUAGUGAGCACACCGCUAUUCAAUUGGCAUCUCGUGGACACAGUGCCCGUAGGUGUGCUUGA